UGUUAGCUGCAAAAUUCCACCUCACUGGUCCUUUACCUCCUUUACUGUGUUUAUGCACAUAAAUUGUAUAUUUAGCUGCAAAUUAUCUUUUUCUUUUUCAAUACUAGUCAAUGGGAAUUGUCGAUUUUGCAUUUAGUUGAUGAUACGUUGUUAAAUUUGUUUGUCACAAUAAUCUGUCAGUGCAUUGAGUUUUAGUAUCUUCCUCUAAUUUGUUUGUGUUUUGAGUUUUACAGGCUGGAUCCGUAGAAGGACAAGUGAUGGAAAUGGGGCUUACUAGCACAUCUUUAUUAAAUCCUGAAAAGUUUCCUGUCAUAGUUCCAAACUCCUUAUUUUCCAGUCAGGUGAUUGUGAAUAAAUCACGUGCUCAAUGGCGUGCUAGUGUGACCAAAAUUCCUAUACGUAUUCAUGAUAUAGAAAAGAUUCCCCUUAUUUCUGAGGAGAUAAAAUCCAUGCUACAUUCUAACUCAAAAGUUUUCUUGGAAAAGGAUGUCCCUUAUUGUUACCUUUCUCGAAUAGAAAAUUCAUUUGCAGAGCUUACUCUUGGAUGCAAUCUCAAAAGCAUGAGAAGAGAUGAGCAUUAUGCUACAGAGCAAGAUAUUCUUCUGCAAGCAGCGAGGAUUAUUCGGCAGCAUGGUGCUGAACUUGGAGGCACCUUACAUGACUACACUAACUGUUGAUUCAGCAGACACAGAGACUAUGCAUUAAGAUGAUGCCACUCCCACUAUAUUUGCUCUUUUGUUAAGAACAAAGAGUUGUGACCUUGCACCAUUAAGAGUAUUGAUGAUGGCAUGUCUCGGAAGGGCCAAAUAAUGGAAAUGGGUGAUGCAAAGCGCGCGCGCGCACAGAGAGAGAGAGAGAGAGAGGAGGGGGGGUCGUCGUUGCAACCUUGGCGCCAUCGCUUUGCUUGGGACGAACUGGGUAAUUUUACUGAUAUUUUUAAGCAUCAAGAACCCUCAUUAAAGUAAUGCUUAUAAAUAUGUUCAAGCAUAUUGAUUAUCCAUAUAUGUCUAUUGAUUAACCGUAUAAAGAUUGUUUAGCGGUUAACAUUUUUGUUGUGAAUAACAUUGAUGUUCUUAUUGAGACUUUGACUGGAACAAACUGCAAGGGAUAGAAAUGUGAUAUUAAGCUAAAAUUUGGUUUGAUAAA